UGUUCAAUUUCGAUAUCAUUUGUUUUAGUUUAUUGUUUCAUAGAAUGUCAAAUACCAAAAAACGGAGAGAUAAAUCUUGAAAGUUGAAUGAUAUUGACGACGUGCAAUACGACGUGAAAAAUAGGAGACGGAAGCUGGUGGUCUGAAUGAGAUUCAGUUAAGGAUAGCACACGUUCUUGUUGAAAUCAAUUAUCUGCGGCGCAACCCUCCUCGAAUCAAUACGACUUUGAAACGAUAUAUAUGACUACGAUUGCUAUGUGCGGAGACCUCGAAGACUCGCGUGUUCGCUAGUGUUCUAUUCACAGCUAUUCUAACUUUAGAAACGGCCUGUCCAAGUGUAUCACCACUACAUUAAUCUUGAAACUUGAUCUAAAAUUAAUAUGAUGUAACGAACUUAAAUGUGGAACUACUUCUAAAUGGCAAUGCUGCUUUAAUACAUUUUAAUUUGACAACUGUGCUACAUCUGUCAUAGUAGAACAUCAAUAAGAAUUUAGCAUGCAUUCUAUACAGUUACUGUCAGGAUAUGAUAUGCCUACAGUGGGACUGGGAACAUGGCAGGCUAAACCAGAAGAGAUUGAAACUGUUGUGAGCACUGCCUUAGAAUGUGGUUACAGACAUAUUGAUACAGCAGCAAAUUAUAAUAAUGAGGAUGCAAUUGGCAGAGCUUUGAAAAAAUGGUUUGACAAAGGUGGUACUAGAGAAGAACUUUUUAUCACAACAAAGUUACCCAAUUUUGGUAAUCGACCAUCUGAUGUAGAAAAGUUCAUUAAAUUGUCAUUAAAGAAACUUGGAUUGGAUUACUUAGAUAUGUAUCUUAUUCACAUGCCCUUCGCAUUUAAAUUCAAUGAAAAUACAUUCAGUGCAGCAACGAAUGAGGAUGGAAGUUACAUACUCGAUUUUGACACAGAUCCUGUCUCAGUGUGGAAAGAGAUGGAGAAGCAAGUUGAAUCAGGACGCACUAGAUCUAUAGGUUUAAGCAACUUUAACGAAGAGCAGAUUUUGACUAUUUGGAAAAACGCACAAAUUAAGCCAAGUAAUUUACAGGUAGAGUUACAUGCAUAUAUGCAGCAGACGCCAAUUCGAGAAUUAUGCAAAAAGUAUAAUAUCAUUGUAACAGGUUACAGUCCAUUAGGCUCUCCAGCUGCAAAGAAGCACUUUCAAGCAAAAUAUAAGUACACUUUAAAUGCAUUUUCUGACUUGCUAAAUCACCCGAUUGUUAAAAAAAUUGCUGCAGAGCAUAAAAAAACGACAGCACAAGUUUUAUUACGUCAUUUACUACAACUAGGUGUUGUAAUUAUCCCUAAGAGUUCAUCCCCAGAAAGAAUCAAAUCAAAUAUCGAUUUAUUCGAUUUUUCCUUAACAGAAGAAAACAUGGAAGUUUUGAAUACUUUAGAUAAAGGUACUGAUGGGCGAAUUUUUAAUUUCUUAUUUUUUAAAGGAAUUGAACAUCAUCCACAAUAUCCGUUUAAAAAUGAACUUCCUUAAUUAUAAUUUAACAUGCAAGUCAUUAGUUUGUAUAAAAAUAGUUGAAAAAAAGAAAUACAUAACAUACCAAACGAGCAUGAUACAUUAAAUGUAUUAUGUAAUUAUAUAUCGCAGAAGUUUCUGUUAUUUUUCAAUGCAGUCUGUACAACAUUUUACGUUGUAAACGAUGCUGAAGUUCACCACGGCGUAUCAUCAUACUUGAUGUCCAAUAGGAAAUCUACUCUUCAAUUGUUUUUCAAUACGGGUCAAUAUUUCAUGAUCCUCUUCAGAGCUUACCUGCUAAUGAACCAGACAUUGCAGCUUCCAAUGUAGAUACAUGGAAAAGCCUUAAAGCUUCAUUAAUAUGGAGUUCAGUAGCAAAGGGUUGUAACUGCAUUUUGGCCAAGGCUUCGGAAAUUCGAAUAAUAGCUUCAAGCUGCCGGACUGUUAUAGUUACUGGAUCUCUCGAUACAGACGCUGUCAAACCAGCUGCGGAGCUACCUUUUCCCGAUGUAUAAACAGCUAUAGGAGCAACUCUUUCUACAAAUUUCAACAACUGCGACUUAGCGGUACCCGGAUCACCCAGCAUUAAAAUAUUAAUAUCGCCUCUCCUACACAAGCCAUCUGGCAUUAAUUUUCUCGAACCUCCAAACAGUAAACAUGCGAUAGCUUUCUUGAUAUCUAUUGCACCAAAAAUACUAGGAGCUAUACUCUUCGCGAUUCUCUCGUACAGAUUAGGAUCUGCUGCUAAACGGGUAAAAAGAUCUUCCUCUUCAGACGUAACGGGGGGCUGAGUUCCUGCAUAGAAAAUACAAGAAAAAGAAAUUAAUGCAAAUCACCAACUGAUGUUUUAAAUGUUUCAUUUUUGUAUUACGUUAUACCAACCUAUGUUGGUAUUUUCUCCAUCUACAGAAAUACCAAGAACGCGAAUAUAUGGAGCUCGAACGCC